AAUUAUCUGGCAAUCUCUCCCCGACCAAGAAGGGAAACAAGAACAUUACUUUCAGAAAUUUUCAAAACAAGAUUAUGAGUGAAGAUAAUUAAUAUCGAGUACAAAGUCAUUAAUAAAAUAAACCAAACAUGACGUCAGUCAAAGUGGCUGUAAGGGUACGCCCUUUUAACAAUCGAGAAAUACAUAGAGACUGCAAAUGUAUAAUUAAUAUGACUGGAAAUACUACAACCAUUACUAAUCCAAAAGCUCCUGCUAAUACCAAAGAAGCCAUCAAAAGCUUUAAUUAUGAUUAUUCAUACCUAUCCAUUGAUAAUACACAUCCUGAAUUUGCUUCACAAGAGAUUGUUUACAAAGAUAUUGGUGAAGAGAUGCUUCUUCAUGCAUUUGAAGGUUACAAUGUUUGCAUAUUUGCAUAUGGACAAACAGGAGCUGGCAAGAGUUACACAAUGAUGGGAAAACAAGAAGAAGGUCAAGAAGGAAUUAUACCUCACAUAUGCAAAGAUCUUUUUAGGAAAAUUAAAGAUUCUAACAACAAUGAUACACUUUAUUCUGUUGAAGUAAGCUACAUGGAAAUUUACUGUGAAAGAGUUCGUGAUUUAUUAAACCCAAAAAAUAAAAAUAAUCUUAGAGUGAGAGAACACCCUUUGCUGGGUCCUUAUGUGGAAGAUCUUUCAAAGCUUGCCGUCACUAAUUAUCAAGAUAUUCAUGAUUUAAUGGAUGAAGGAAAUAAAGCAAGGACAGUAGCAGCUACAAACAUGAAUGAAACUAGCAGCCGAUCGCAUGCUGUGUUCACUAUAAUUUUUACUCAAAGAAAACAUGAUUCAACUAGUGGCCUUACCGCUGAAAAGGUCAGCAAAAUUAGUCUUGUAGAUUUAGCUGGUAGUGAAAGAGCAGAUUCUACUGGAGCUCAAGGGACCCGCUUAAAAGAAGGAGCAAAUAUUAACAAAUCUUUGACUACAUUGGGCAAAGUGAUUUCUGCCUUGGCUGAAAUUGCUGCUACAAAGAAAAAGAAAAAAGCAGAUUUUAUCCCUUACCGAGAUUCAGCUCUAACUUGGUUAUUACGAGAAAAUUUAGGUGGUAAUUCUAAAACUGCUAUGAUUGCGGCAAUUAGUCCAGCUGAUAUAAAUUAUGAUGAAACUUUAAGCACCUUAAGGUAUGCUGAUAGGGCUAAACAAAUUGUUUGUAAAGCUGUUGUUAACGAAGAUGCUAAUGCUAAACUCAUACGUGAAUUGAAGGAUGAAAUUGAAAGGCUGAAGGCCAUGUUAAGAGCUGGUGGAAUUGAUGCAGAUGCUGUCGAUGGAAUGAACAAUUUCAAUUUGAAUUAUGAAAACAAUAAAAAUUCUCAUAAUAAGAAAAAACAAAGAACAGUUUCAAAUGGUGAGGAUGUAAUAGAACAACUACAAGAAUCUGAGAAACUGAUUGCUGAGUUAAAUGAAACCUGGGAAGAGAAGCUAAAAAAAACUGAAGCAAUUCGUUUGCAAAGAGAAGCAGUAUUUGCAGAAAUGGGUGUGGCUUUGCGAGAAGAUGGUGAUACGGUUGGAGUAUUUUCCCCUAAAAAGACUCCUCAUCUUGUUAAUUUGAAUGAAGAUCCAUUAAUGUCUGAGUGCUUAAUUUACUACAUUAAAGAUGGCAUCACUAGAGUUGGAAGACCUGAUGCUAAUGUACCACAAGACAUCAAACUUACCGGUUCCCAUAUUCUUAAUGAACAUUGUAUGUUUGAGAACUUUGGAGGUAUAGUAGCAUUGAAAGCUUGCCCAAAUUCUAUGUGCUAUGUAAAUGGUAGAGAAGUAUCAGAUGAAGCUGUCCUUCAAACUGGCUCUCGAGUUAUUCUUGGCAAAUAUCAUGUCUUUAGGUUUCAGAAUCCUGAACAAGCUCGUGAAUGUAGAAAAUCUUAUAUUGAAACUUCAAAUAACAGUAUUAUACCUAAGGAUUCUAUUUUGAACUAUUCAGGUCCGGACCCGGUAGAUUGGACAUUUGCUCAGCUAGAGUUACUUGAAAAGCAAGGUAUUGAUCUUAAAAUCGAAAUGGAAAAAAAAUUAGUUGCUCUGGAAGAACAGUAUAAAAAAGAAAAAGAAGAAGCUGAUCAAAUAUUUCAACAAGAGAAAAAAAAUUAUGAAGCAAAAAUUGAAAGUUUACAGCGACAAGUUGAAGAGCAGUCACUAAUGUCAAGUAUGUACAGUUCUUGUUGCAUUAAUGAGUUAGAGACUACUACUGAUGAAGAUAACGAUUACAUUGAACCCGUUUGGACUGAGCACCAAUAUCAGCUAGCAGAAUGGGCUUUCCAAAAAUGGAAAUAUCAUCAAUUCACUUCUUUACGUGAUGAUCUAUGGGGAAAUGCUAUAUUCUUAAAAGAAGCUAAUGCUAUUAGUGUUGAGCUGAAGAAAAAAGUUCAAUUUCAAUUUGUCUUAUUAACUGAUACUCUGUAUUCACCACUGUUACCAGACAUGUUGAAUCAUGAUGAUAUUGAAGAUGGUAUGGAUCGCCCUUACCCCCGUACCAUUGUAGCAGUUGAAGUACAAGAUACCAAAAACGGUGCUACGCAUUAUUGGACAUUAAGUAAAUUGAGACGUCGGCUGGAACUAAUGCGUAGCACAUAUAAUGAAGAUACAUCCCCUGAUUCGUCCCCUGAUGCUAAUGAUGAGUUCCUACAGUGCAUCACAGCGUGUGCUAAGCAGCGCCUAUCGGCUGGCCUCACAGUUAACAGCCUUAUACCUUCCAGAAACAGACAACGCUUAGAGCUUAUGAGAGAAAUGUACCACAAUGAAGCUGAAUUAUCACCAACUUCUCCUGAAUAUAAUGUAGAAAGCAUUACUGGUGGCGAUCCAUUUUAUGACCGUUUUCCUUGGUUUAGACUUAUUGGGAGAGCAUUUGUAUAUUUGAGUAAUCUGUUAUAUCCUGUACCAUUAAUCCAAAAAGUUGCCAUAGUCAACGAGAAGGGUGACGUGAAAGGGUACCUUAGGGUAGCUGUGCAAGCAGUUAUUGAGGAAGAAGAACCUUCAGAAGUUAAUCAUAGGGGUGUAAGGCAGUCAGCUCGAAUCAGUUUUAGUGAUGAUUUAUUUCAAAAGCAUAGAAAGGGCUCAAAAGCAGAAAAAGAAAUUAUAUCAGAAAAAGAUUUCAGUUCUUCCCAAGAACGAAUUGUUGAAGGACAAGGACCAACUCCUGAAAAUUCUGGAUUUGAAAUAGAUAUGUAUUCCAAAGAAGAAUUAAGUAAAGACAUUGAUGAAAAAUGCAACAUCCUCUCUGAAAAUGAAGAGAAGAAUUGCGACCACCCUGAUCAUCUCCAUUUGGGAAAAGAAUUCACAUUUAGAGUCACAGUUUUGCAAGCUAUAAAUAUUUCUAAAGAAUAUGCUGAUAUUUUUUGUCAGUUCAAUUUUCUUCACCGUCAUGAUGAAGCCUUCUCUACAGAACCCUUGAAAAACACUGGAAAAAGUCAUUCACCUGGGUUUUUUCAUGUUCAAAAUAUUACUGUAAAAGUUACUAAAUCCUUUUUGGAAUACAUAAAGGCACAACCUAUCGUUUUUGAGGUUUUUGGCCAUUACCAACAACAUCCACUGCACAGAGAUUCCCGUGAUUUUGUAUCGCAACAAAGCCGACAGCCUCCAAGACGUAUGUUUCCUCAAUCUAUACCUAUAUCACAACCAAUUCGUUCUCCUAAAUUUGGUGUUCUUCAAUCUCUCAGUACUACACACAUUCACGCAAGACAUGAUCUUUUGGUAUGGUUUGAAAUAUGUGAAUUAGAACCCAAUGGAGAAUAUGUUCCUUCUGUCAUUGAUCAUAAUGAUGACAGUCCUUGUAGAGGUACAUUUUUACUACACCAAGGUAUUCAGAGACGCAUUAGGAUUACUUUAGUUCAUGAACCCAUGAUUGACUUCCAGUGGAAGGAGGUGCGAGAAUUAGUUGUGGGACGGAUUAGGACUACUCCUGAAUGUGACGAUGAUGAUUCUGAUACAUCUGUUCUUUCACUUGGAAUAUUCCCGGGAGAUUAUUAUGAAAAAACUGGAGAUGACAGAAUAUUUUAUCGUUUUGAAGCUGCUUGGGAUAGCUCAUUGCACAACUCAACCUUGAUGAACCGAUCAACUCCAGGUGGAGAAAGAAUAUAUAUGACUCUCUCUGCCUACCUUGAGUUGGAAAACUGUGCACAGCCUGCAAUUAUUACAAAAGACUUAUGUCUCAUCAUUUGUGGUAGAGAUGCGAGAACAACUCCAAGGAUAUCCCCCAAUGCUCGAUCUCUACGCCAUCUAUUUUCUGGAGCUUAUAAAAAUUCUGAAGGUAACCAUGUAACUGGUGUGUAUGAAGUACUCAUGAAAAGAGCUGCAGAUUCUGGUAGCCCAGGAGUUCAGCGAAGACAGAGACGUGUGUUAGAUACCUCUUCGACUUAUGUUAGAGGGGAAGAGAAUUUACAUGGGUGGAGACCACGUGGAGAUUCUUUAAUUUUUGACCACCAGUGGGAAUUGGAAAAGAUGACUAGGUUGGAAGAUGUUGAGAGAGUUCGACACUUAUUAUUACUCAGGGAAAAACUUGGAAUUGACCACUUCAUUGGGCAUACAGCUGACAUCAGUAAAAUGGAAAAAGAUGCCUGUAAUUUAGUAGCAAAAGCCUCAAUUGAUGGAAAUAUACCAUCUUCUUUGAUACUUUCCCCAACUUCCCCUACUGUUUCUAAUCGAACUAUUAUUGACGAAUCUGUCUAUGCUCCUUGGGAAAUGACAGACAAAGAAAGGGAGCUUUCAACAAAAAUUCUCUCUCUAAUCAAUAGUCACAUUCCAUCAAAACCACCUCCCAUACCUUAUAAUAAAGAUGAGCUUACUACCCCAACAGAUGAGGUUGAUGUGAUAUCUAGAUCUUCGAGUAUACAUUCGAGCAUAGCAUCGUCUUCUUCUCAAGAGUCUUUCCUGAGAGCCUUGCAUCCAGGUGCAGGUGGUGAAGAAGAUCGUCACAUGUCUAUAACUUCCAGGUCAUCUUCAGCGCCUCCUUCCCAUCGCAACUCUGGUCGUUUCCUCUAUGUAGCAGAAGUGGAAGAGAUUAGAGUGAGCCCUGUUAUAUCUCGUAAAGGCUACCUAAAUUGUUUGGAUGACAAAACUAAAGGAUGGGUUAAGCACUGGGUCGUUGUACGUCGCCCUUAUGUUUUUAUCUAUAAAAAUGAGAAAGAUCUUGUAGAAAGAGGAAUGAUAAAUUUAGCUACAGCCCAAGUAGAAUAUAGUGAAGACCAAGAAGCUAUGCUAAAGGUUCCAAAUACUUUCUCAGUUGUGACAAAGCAUAGAGGAUUCCUUCUUCAGACAUUAGGUGAUAAGGAAGUUUAUGAAUGGCUCUAUGCAAUCAAUCCUUUGCUAGCUGGGCAAAUCAGAUCUAAAUUAUCCAGAAGGCGCCCUAUCUCAACAUCAGCAUGAAGCUCCCACUCCCACCCCAACACUUCUUCUAAUUGGAAUACUGAAAAAAAUGAAGCUAUAGGUUACAUUCCUGCAUAAGUUUGAAGCUUUAGCUAAUUCUCAUUCGGUGCUUUAUGUGUAGUUGUAUAGCAUAUAUUAAACUCAUAUUAGAUGUGUUUAUUAUACCUCACUUUCUCUAUAAUGAAUUAAAAAUUUUAAAUCUGAGAUGCAUUCUGGUAUCAUUUAUGCAGUUGAAAGAGGUCUAGGAUUAAAAUUUUUAUGCGAAUUAUAUCUGUGCAAAUUUUUAUUGUCAUUUAACAAUUUAUAAUAGUUUGAAACUUGAUAUCGAUGAUUUAAACAUGAGAGAGAAAAGAACUUAUAAUUUUAAUACAAAUUUUGCCAGUUCUAGAAACUUAACAAAAAAGUAAAAGAUUCAAAAGUAUUAAUUAAUUUUACAUUGAAUAGGAUUUCUGAGGGAUAUAUAUUAAAUUGGGAGCAUUUUGCAUUACAUUUUCGAACACCCUGUGUAACAAUUUUCAAAUUUUCUGUUUUAACUGUUUGCAAAAUAAAUCCAAAAACCUCUAUAACAUUGUUAGCAGUAACUAAAUGAAUUGUGAUUUUUUUUUUAUGCUUUAAACUUUGAACAAAGUAAAUUUUUAUUUUACAAAAGAAUAGAGAAAGUGAAAUAUAAAUAAACACAUCCACUGUUACUGGGGAAAAAUGGUUCCUUGCCUUUACCUUUACUGGCAUAAUGUAAAAUAUAUAAACUAGUCAUUAAAAACAUGGACACUUUUAUGAAAGACAUUUAAUAAAAUUCACUAAAUUUUACUUAAUCGGUGUUUGAAAAAUGAGUAGUAAUGUAUCAAGCUAUAGCUCUGGGUA